UUGCUUUAAUGAAAAAAUGUUUUGGGAAGCCAGAACAAAGGCCCGAUGCUAAUAUGGUAAGGAAAAUAACUGAUGCAACAUUGAAAAUGCCUGGAAGUUUAGUUGAUAAUUUUCUAAAAAAUAUGGAACAAUAUACAAAUAAUCUCGAAAAUUUGGUUAGAGAACAAACAGGGAAAUUAGAAGAAGAACAACAAAUGGUUGAACAAAUUCUUUUAGAAUUGUUGCCAAAGUCGGUGGUUGAUGAACUUCGUCUCGGUCUUCGUGUAGAACCUCAAUUUUAUGGUUCCGUUACUGUUAUGUAUAGCGAUAUUGUUAGAUUUACCUCUCUUUGUAGUGAAAGUGCUCCGAUGGAAGUUGUGGAUUUGCUUAAUGGAAUGUUUCGUGCUUUUGAUGAAGCAAUAAGUAGACAUCAAGCAUUUAAAGUAGAAACUAUAGGGGAUGCUUAUAUGGUCGCCUCGGGUGUUCCCCAACAGAUGGACAGCCAUAUUAAGGAAAUUGCUUCUGUUGCUUUAUUGCAAAGAGAUUUUCUCUGUCAUUAUGAAAUACCUCAUAGACCUUCGCAGUAUCUUCACUGUCGUUGGGGGUUUAAUUCUGGAAGUGUUUUUACUGGUGUUGUUGGAAUAACAGCUCCUCGUUAUUGUGUGUUUGGCACAACUGUAACGUUAGCUGCAAAAAUGGAAAAUUCUGGUCAGCCAGACAAAAUUCAAAUGACUCUAAGGAGUUAUCAAUUACUUUCUGAACAAUUUCCAGAAUUUAAAUGUGCACCGAGGGGAGGGGUUAGAAUUGAGGGUGUUGGCACUCUCCUCACAUAUUGGUUAGAAGGUUUAGACAAUGAAUUACUUGAAACAGCCAGAACUGAUAGUGGAUUACAACAUGUACCUAUUAUACCUCGUGCUGGAACUCCUCCAACACCCCCACCUAUUAUUUAA